AUGGGCACAUGUACUGGUCUUAAAUGUGCAAAAAUCAAUUACAAUACCCUUGUCGACGAACUCGACGAAGCUAAUAACUACACAGGCAUCACCUACUGCUCCGAAUCCUGCGGUGGAUUAGGCUGCUCUUGCGGUUACCCAUCAUCAGGCUGCCUCUUCUAUCGCAUAUAUCAUAUACCCCUCGAUGACAAUGUCUACGAAGUGUUUCAAUGCCCAUCUUGGUUCCAGACCAUAUCGAUCAAUGUGCAGACUCAAGGCACUAGCCAUAUAUCGCAAAAUAUUGAACUAAAACCCUAUACUAAAAAACGCAUUGCAAACACAACAUUUGAAAUUACAAGCAUUUCUUCUACACCACUCUCAUCCUUCAUCAACGAUUUAUCAGCAAUAACCAGAUAA